UCUAUGUUGUAAUACACAGAGGAGAGGACGUGCUGGUCGUUGGCAGUGGCACAGCAACCCAUCAUGCGCGCCGUCUUCUGAAAACGUUCAGCGGCGCGAGGGAUGGCUUAGUCGCGUGCGGAGCGCCGAUGCUGCACGAUGAGUGUAGCGCUGCAAGAUUUACGAAAUAACAUGUCUAAUUACAAGCGUGCGACGUUUGAGGAGGAGGACGGGUCAGACAUCCCUGCAGAUGGAGCCAUCUCUCCUGACAGUGUGGAGGUGGGAUUCCGUAAGGGUGGUAUUCAGCUGUUUGGUCCACUGGGCAGGAGGACUCAACUGGAAGUAGUGCUGGCCGGACUGCUUCUCGCUUCACUUCUAGCUCUGUUUGGCUGUGCGAUCACACUGGGAGUCCGCUAUAACAGAGAUCCCGCCCGUAGUAUCUGUCUAACAGAAGCAUGUGUAACUGUGGCCAGUAAGAUCGUGGAAGCUCUGGACCGCUCCACCGACCCAUGUCAGGAUUUUUACCAGUACGCCUGUGGAGGAUGGGUCCGCAAAAACCCCCUGCCAGAUGGUCGGUCCCGCUGGAGCACAUUUAACAGCAUCUGGGACCAGAACCUGCGAAUGGUCAAUUGGGUGAAUUGA